AUGGAUCUGCGCAACACCCUACUACUUGCCCAGAUUCUCCACAGCAAUGGGGUGUUAACGGUGGACCAGCUUAAGAUCGCUCAGGACGCCGAUGUCAACGUGUGGAUCUACCGGUUGGGCCACCACAAGAGCAACCAGCUUAAUGGCGAGCCGAUUGAAGGAAUAGCCACGAAAGAUGAUCUCGUCGAGUUGUUUGAACGGGAAUUGAGUGAGUGGGAAGUAUCGACGCUGGAGGAGUUAGCCAAUAAAGCUUACUUCAAGCGCAUUGAAGAGCUUGAAGCCAAGAUCUCUCUGAAUCAAGAGGAGUUCACGCGAUUGUUGUCAUAA